AUGCCUUGCUCCACGCCUGCAAUAUCAACCGAAAAUAUCACCGACGCCGACAAGCUACAAUACGCCGCCACCGAGAAAGUCCAUAUCGCCAAGCUCAUCCAAAGGGAAGCGCUGGACGCCAUCAAAGUCCCUAUCGUCGAAAAGGAUGCCCUUGAUUAUCUCUCUAUAUCACUUGGUACUGAGCUUGAUGUAGGCAGGGCCGACGCACUCCCGUCCGACGUCUCCAAAAACGUUUUUCGGCCUUGCGACUGGCCUCUUGACGUCCUCGAGUACGAGACUCGGAGCGCACGAGGAUACUGGCGCGACCUGGACCACAAGGCGCAGGACCCGGCCAUCCUGCUACAGUUUGCGCGGAUGAGAAAUGUUUGGUAUGAGCAAUGCUUGUACAGCCUGCGAAGGCUGGUUCCAAAGCUAUGGGACGUCUACCGAACAAAUCAGACUCUCGUUCCACCUCCGUCUCUUCCACCCGCGGCCCUGGAACCAAUGCAGCACCAUCACGAAUACUACUGA